CGCCCCCUGGUUGCGGAAGUUUAAAAAUCACGAAUGAUUUUUAUAUUUUGCCAUUUCAAAACUUUAAGUCGAAUGCAUACUUUAAUUUUAAAGGCAAAUAUAUGUAUUAAUAAAUUAGUUAUAACGUUCUGUUAGUUAAGAUUCGGAAAUAGGAUUCGGUUAACGUAAGCAAAUAUCCAUCUCUUUGUUCCCCAAUGGUCGAUGUGUGAUACACUAGUUUAUGUCACACACACACAGGGAAUAUUGUUUUCUAUUGUUCAUAAAUAUUUAUCUAUGAUAAUUUGUUGAAUUUUCCAUUUUAUUGGAUAAGAACCAUAACUUGGUUCAUUCAAAGCAGAUUUAUAUUAAAUAAGCAAACCCAAAUAUUGAGGGUUGUACUUUACAGUAAUGUCUUCUCAACAAGACUUUGAUGAUGAUGAUUACGAGUUUACAGCAAGUGAAGAUAGCUCUGAAAUGAGUCCUUUAUCAGUUUCUUCUCAGUUAGAAGAAAUGAAUCAGAAUUUGUCUUUCUUAUAUCAACAGAGACUUAAAUCUCAGCUUACAGAUGAGCAGCUAAAACAAUACCAGUCACUUCAACAGACGAGUCUUCUUUUUGCUUACUUAUCCGGAAAUGCGAAAGAGGCGUUAUAUACACCUGAUAAAAAGGAUUUGAAGUGGAAUGGAUACUUUAAUAAGUUGUCAUAUCCUACGAUGCCCAUUAAACAAGAGCCUUUAGAUUUUAGUAUGGCAACUUCUGUAUUUCAUUCAGCUAACGAAGAUAAUCAAAAUAUUUCAGCAUUUUUGUUAGGAGAUAAACAAAAACAAUCAAAAAUGAUGGAACGCGAAUGUGAACCAGAAGAAGGUACGUCUAAAGAAGUAAACAAAAAUUCAUUAUUACUGCAACAGAUAAAACAAGAGCCUAACACAAGUAUACCAAAUGUAUCAACGUUGGUUAAGAAGAAUGGAAGAAAAAAGCAACAGUUAUUUGACAAUAAAUAUGAAUUCAUUAAUACAGAAGAUGGUAUAAAGCAAGUUAAACAAGAGAAAAUUACAGAGAAGUUUAAACCUAAAAAGAAGGUUGAUAGAUUUGAUGGAAUGUCUGAAGAAGAUGUGAUGAAGAGAACUCUUCCUGAUCAUUUGAUUCCUGGUCUAGAUAUUUUAAUAAUUGGAAUCAAUCCUGGUUUAAUAGCUGCAUUUAAAGGACAUCAUUAUGCUGGUCCUGGAAAUCAUUUCUGGAAAUGUUUAUUUCUUGCUGGGUUAAUUCCUGAACCAAUGACAGCACUCGACGAUUAUAAACUUUUAAAUUAUGGAAUUGGAUUCACAAACAUUGUAGCUCGUACUACUAGAGGAAGUAGUGAUUUAACAAGAAAAGAAAUUAAAGAAGGUGCAGAAGUAUUACUGAAGAAAUUACAAAAAUUCCAACCAAAAAUUGCAGUUUUUAAUGGAAAAUUGAUCUACGAAGUGUUCUCUGGUAGAAAGACUUUUGAUUUUGGAAGGCAGCCAGAACCUGUUCUAGGAACAAAAGUUACAAUAUUUGUUAUGCCAUCAUCGAGUGCAAGAUGUGCCCAGUUACCCAGAGCUGUAGACAAGGUCCCGUUUUAUGUAGCUUUAAAAAAAUUACGUGAUCAUCUUUGUGGUUUGUUACCUCAUUUAGACUUUACAGAGGUUUCGUUUCCCGACCUGAAACUGAAGGUAGACGUUAAAAAAGAACCAUUCGAAUUCGAAGCCGAAAUCGACAUGUCUGCUAAUCCAGACUUUCUGUCUGAAAAUUCUGUCUUUCAUCUGGGAAACAAGCAAGAAAAGAAGAAGAAAAGUAGUAAUUCCGCAAACCCGAAAGAAAGCGGAAGGAAGAAGCAGAAAACUUCGCAGAAAACCUCUUCCGAAGCAUCCCACAAAGAAUCGUGGAAUAGUUUAUUGCAUUCUGCCGUCAACAAUUGGCAACAGGCGCCAAACAAGGCAAAAGCGACGGCUACGACAAUUUCCAAUUCGCUCGACGAUUCUAUACAUUGCUCCAGUGCAAAUUUUCCAAAUAAUUAUAAUGCAAGCCCCUUUUUCUCGCCCGAUAACAAAACGUAUUUUCCAAUCAAUUUUGCAUUAUCUUCGAUGGUCAAUAAAGCCCAUUUCCAAAACAACAUCAAAUCUGAGCCUUACGACCCCGAUUUUGACGAAUACUAAGUUUUAAAACUAAACAAAAAAAAACGUAUCCAUCUAUUAAGUAUUAUAAUAAAGCACGUUUUUUAGAUUUAAAAUAUAGCUUGUCACUGCCAUCUUAAGUGGUUGUAUUUUUUAAUUUAUGAGGAGAGAAAAAAAUUGUUUUGUGUGUAAUUUUUUUAGUUAGAUUUUUAUAAUGUGAAUAAUUCUCUGUAAAGUUUUUCUUUUUAUUGUAUUGUUUAUAAUUAAGCAAGAUUUUGAUGUACUUUAUUAUGAAUUAAGAAGAGAAAUUGUUAAUUUUAAUUAAGGUAAUUGCAUGUUUUACAUAUUUUAUACGCUAAUUUAGUCAACAUCAUCAUCGCCGUGAACAAUUCUGUUUAAGCUCAAGUCGUUCUGGAUCUCUUGUUUGGACGGCUUACGUCCGUCUUUUUAUGAGGUUUAUGUGAUGAUGAUGGCUUAAAAUUGUUUUUAAAAAUUCCAAUUCCACAUUAAAUAAUAUAUAUAUUUAAUGUACGGGGUUUCCAAAACGAGUGCUACCAUUUUAAGUUAUUGUAAUCAUAUUAAUUAUUAUUCUAGUACGUUGUAAUGUACACUAAAACAUUGGAAAACUGCCCGACUGUCACGCUUGCCCAUUAGUUUUUCGUAUGUACUGUACACCUCGUGUCACAUGGCACACGUCCAAAUUCUGAUUGCACUCGUCACAUCUCCCAGGUUUAUUCGUGUUGACUUUGCAAAAUACAAAAUACCAAAAGCCUUCUGUAUUGCGGAGUCGCCAUUUUUCUUUAUGGCGCUUCCUAGAGGUAAUAGACAAGGCGUUCGAGCGCAGAUGGAAGGUGAAACUCGGACAGUUACUCUAUUGAUUGGUGUACGUUGCAUACUACUAAGGUGAUGACAGCAUAACUACAGUAAUUUAAAAUG